GACAAGUCAUCUUUUCAAUUUGAAUACCGGUUAGUUAGUACUUAGCUGUCAAAUUUAUUACGCAAAAUAUCCAUGGAGACAAAGAAGCCAAGGGCCAGCAAUUAAAUAAUUUGAAGUUUUAUCUGCAACUCAGUCUUGAAUCCAAUUCCUUGGCAUGAGAUGGCAUCUAAUAAAGGCAUUGCUAUAGUGAUUAUGGGAGUGAGUGGUGCAGGAAAAUCAACUAUUGGGGCUAUGCUGGCACAAGUUAUGAAUGCUCGUUUUCUUGAUGCCGAUGACUACCACCCGCAGUCAAACAAAGACAAGAUGAAGGCUGGGAUCCCUCUUACAGACGAAGAUCGCUUCCCUUGGCUUGAAACUUUACGUGAUGCCUUAAGGGUGAGCUUGCUGAAUGGGGAAACCGUCGUUCUUGGAUGCUCUGCUCUGCAGAAGCAUUACAGGCAAAUUCUACGAUGCGCAGAUCCUGACUAUGUACCAGCUGGAGCUUCUUGUGCUGUCAACUUUGUACUUUUGAGCGUUGAUGCAGAGGUUCUUGCUGCUCGAUUGGAGAAACGAGCAGCACAUUUCAUGCCGGCCAAGCUCUUGCAAUCUCAACUGGAUUUACUGCAGAUAGAUGAAUCAGAAGGGAUACUCAAAGUUGACGCUUCACUUCAUCCUCACCAAACUUUGAAAGCCAUACAAGCUUUAAUUUCCUCAAGCCUGCCUCACUUGUAUCCUAAUCAUCAAUCUUAACUAGUUGUCUCUGCUUUUUUGGCUUCAAACUUCAAUUAUAAACAUUUCACUCCCAUCA